GAGAGAGAGAGAGAGAGAGAGAGACUGUGUUGAGCUCGAGCUGCGUUCCUUAGUGACCGUCGACACCGAGUUUAGCUUCUUGCGGGCUAACGCUGACUAGCUAGCGUUUAGCCGGUUACUUGGUUAGCGAGCUAGCUGUAGAGACCGACCGAGAGAGAGAGAGAGAGAGAGUAUACGCAGGGUAGAGGUAGUUAGUGCGAUUCCAACAUGGCUUCGCUGUACAAAACCCCUUGUGGUCGAGGUUUCAUAGUAAUGUUGAAAGAGAAAGCGUUUGUGCCGGUGGUGAUAUUAGCUAGCGUGUUAGCAGUGUGAGUUAAUCAAGCUCGCUCUCCUUUACUAACUAGUACUGUUAGUCUAAUAAAACCGAGCGGCUCAGGGAAGUUAGUAGUUCAACUGUAAUGAUUCAUGAGAAGGUCUCGACAGAGCCACAGUAGGAUCUGCUCUGUGCUUGGAUUGUGUUCUCACUUAAACCACUCUGGAUAAAACCAUCUGCCAAAAAAUGAAUAAAUGUCAGGUAUGAAUUGAAGAGUCGAUUCUGAUUUGAAGGAACCGAGCGACUCUGCAAGCUUCUCGUUGCUGAGUUAUGGAAAAUAACAGCGCUGUGAUGGACGGCGUGCUUUCAGAUGAGUUGUUUUCUUUGAGUGUUCAUGUGCAUGGUGCUGUGUGUGUGUGUGUCUCCUGUCAGUCAGCAUCAAACUGGUUUACAAUGUUCUUUAAAAGAUCUGAUAUGCUCCAUCUUUUCAGGUCAGGAUUGGAUUUGUGCACUCCAAAUAAACCUAAACAUAUUUCUUUGGUAGAACAGCCUACCUGAUUAGUGCUGGUUAAAUUCAUCAUCAUUACACUCAACCCUGCAUUUACAGUAACGAGUGACGGGUUCAUUUUCUGUGUGAGAGAUAAGCAGGAAAGAGGAUUUCUGCGGCAAACCGAGCUUUUUGAAAUACCAUUGAAAUUAGGUAUGACACUGUUUAAACGAAAGAAGAAAAAAAAAAAAGGGAGCGGUCACACUUGGAGUUUCAGCAUGUGAAAUUUCCAUGGAUUUCCAUUUAUUAACGCUGGAGACCAGAAGCUUCAUAUGAAGAAGUUUCGCUGUGUUACAAAGUUCAAGUUUGGCGAACUCUGACAUUGGCGUUCGUAUCACGUGAAGACCUGUGACCUCUUCAGAAAAUCCGAGAUUUAGGGAGUACCGAUUAAAGAGGUGUCGCACCUUCCCGCUUUACGGCAUUCAUACAGUACAGCUUUAAAAGAAUAUAAAAUCAGCAUCAGAAGAGAAGUUACCUGGAUUGCGUUGUCCCUGCAUACAGGAACAGAUGGUAUAUUUUAACAUUGCUGCGUGAUGUCAUAUCCAGUUGCAGUCUCUGAAGAAAAUUUGCAUGCUGGAAGUCACUCUGACAUUUCUUUAGUUCCCCACUCACAACUUUCAUUCCCGUUUACUGCUUGACCUGCAAAAAAUGGAAGAAAAACAUAUAACUGUGGUUUUAUUUCAUCCAUGUCGUCCCGUAUAGAGACAUUGUUAUGUAACACAUUAAUUAAACAACCAAUUUUCAACAGUAGCAGUCGCUAUGCGCCCACAACAGACGACAUGUGACAAAAGUUGUGUCUCUUCCUAAUGUGAACGCUGUGGAGGUUUAAGCCUGUUUUAAUAUCUUUAAACAUUUUUAGUGUCUACAGGUUAGUUUGAAUUCUAUUCAACGAUGAGCAUCUUGACUAGAGGUGGUUUAGGCAGCCCAAACGUGAAUAUAUAAUAGUGUGUUUUAUAAUAACAGUGUGCUUCCACGGGAAUUAAACAUUGUCGUUUUUUGCGUACAAUAUGACAAACUGUUACCAAGCACUGGCAAAAAAACAACUGAUGUGCAUGAAAGAGUCUUGCAUUAAAGCAGUAAUUCAUCUCUAUUUACUGUGUAGCUAGUUUACAUGUGAGUACGAUGGAAAAUACGAUGAGGGCAGUGGUUAAGGAUCUGGGUUACUGAUCGGAAGGUCGGCGGAUCAAGCCCCAGCACUGCCAAGCUGCCAGUGUUGGGCCCUUGAGCAAGGCCCUUAAAGCUCUCUGCUCCAGGGGUGCUGUAUCAUGGCUGACCCUGCGCUCUGACCCCAGCUUCCUGACAUGUGAAGAAAAGAUUUUCACUGUGCUGUAAUGUAUACGUGAUUAAUAAAGACUCAUUAUUGUUAUAAUUUCUACCCAUUUCACUACAUUGAGAAAUGAACUUAAAGCCUUUAAGCAGUUGUCUGAAUGUGUAAGGGCAGUUGUUGAAUUCUGUCUAUAAACGUUUAAAGUAUGAGACUAUUUAAUGCUAAUUCAAAACAUUAACCAUGCAGUCCGAACAGGAUUUUGCGGAGUUUUUUUGUGAUCGUUGCGGCCAAAAAUUCUUGAUUUUCUUGCGGAUUUUUUAAAAAAUUUGCCAUGCAACUUGCAGAGUUUUAUAUAUUUAUUUUUAAUUUUUUGCGUAAAACUACCUGAAUUGGUGAAAUUGCAGUUGCACAAAAUCGUUUUGCUCAGUCUUUCACAGUGAUGUUUGUUUUAGCUGUACACAUGUUCGAUGCACGUGAAUCGAAGAGGGCUCUGACUGAAUGCGUGUUAUGACGUCACACGACGUGUCUUGGUCAAAAUCUGCGGAAGUUCUUGAAAAAUUGCAAGCUCCUCCAAAUAUAGCAGAGUUUGCUUGAUUUUGUGUUCGUUUCUGCGAUCGCAAAAUCCUGGAGGAACUGACCAAGAAUAGAUGUCUAAUGUAGUUAUGGAGUUUUCUCGUUCCAGGUGCUUUCCAACACUGGAGCAAUAUCCGGUUCUUAAUGUUUUCCUAAAGGUUUUAUUGUAUUUGUGCACCACGUUCACCCAUGUUGGUCCCUUAAACACAUUCAUUUCUGUAAUAAAGUAUUGUUUUUAAAGGACAAAUUGAAGCUUAAUUUCCAAACACAUUUUGGGUUUAUAAAGUGUUUAUAAAGCUGUUCUACAAAAAUGAAUAUUUUGCAUAAAUACUUAGUGCCAGAAUUCAUCAGCUGCCCUUAGAGAGUCAUUAUUAAAAUAAAAUUAAUAAAACAGGUUUUUUUUCCCCUCUCACUAUCAGGUUUUUUCCCCCCUCUCACUAUCAGGUUUCAUUCCUGUAGCGAUCAUAGAUGUGCUACAAAUGAGAUUCAUAGAGAUUAGGUUGGAUAAACAGUGAUGUUUUCCUUUUAUACUCGAGUGAAGCACACGAGUCAACACAAGCUGUGCUUUGUUUCUGAUGAAGGUAAAGAUUCGCCGUUUCGGUGUGCACAAGCUAGUAUGCUCUUGGGCGAAGCAAGAGAAAGCCAUCACUCUUCCUCUUAUUUCAGCUAUUCCAGGAAUUUGCGCUGCAGUCCGUAGUUCUCAUGCAGUCACUCCAAGAUGCUAACGCUGCAUCCCCCAUUGAAACGUCUCUGUGAAGGCUCUUCUCUCGUUUACUCUGAGUACCACAAGAUCGUGAACUAACGUGGUUAGUUUUAUAGAUUUAAGCAGCUAAUGUGUCUGUACUGUUGUAAUGUCAUUUAAAGGUAGAGAAGUGAGCAGCCAUGUUGAUACGAUGCCAUGUGCUGAACUCAGGGUUGAGAAUCACUUCCUGUUUUUGUUUUUCAAGUCGGAAUUCCUAGUUGAUAAGCUGCUGUCUCUGUGGUUUUAUUUAUUUAUUUAUUUAUUUAUUUAUUUAUUUUCUAAAUAUAAGCUUUGGUUGAACGAAGGAUGAUGAUUAACUGAUUGGCUGUAUGCAGAGACUCUUUUUGGUCAUGGCUAUGUAUUGUUUGUUUUUAAUAAUUACAAGUUAAAUGGUACUGAAUAGAUGCCACUGAUUUGACAUACUUUUUUAAAAAAAAUAUAUAUAUAUAUAUAUGUGUGUGUGUGUGUGUGUGUGUGUGUGUAUAUAUGUGUAUAUAUAUAUAUAUAUAAUAAAUAAAUUAAACUUUUUAACUUUAUCUUCUUUGCCUUUGUAGGCAUUAAAGAAAAGUAUCAACAAACCCAGUUGAACUUUUUGUUUAUUUUACUACUGUUUUGCAGACAGUUUGUUAGCUUUAUUAUAUAUCAUGAUGGACAUCAUGUAUCAUAGAAAUAUCCUCAACCAUAUUGCCCUAUUGUACACCGCACAGUACGUUAGCAUUAGCAUUAAGACAUACUUGCCAGGACUCGACAAGCUGGUGCAUUUUCACUGUCACUAAAUAUAUUAAGGGUGUAACAGUGAAUUUUUCUCCCAUUUGCACAUUAAUUUGCGAAAGAAUCUUUUCCAAAUUGAAUCACAUCAAGUGACUCGUGAAUGAAAUUGAUUUACAGUCAGCUUAAAGAGUCAGACUCGUACUAAAUGUCUUUGAGUCUUUUGCAAAUAGAGGCAAGCCUUUUCUUUUUUUUCUUAAUCCAGCACUUCAAUAUUGACCGAAUUCCAGUAUCACGCAGGUCUCUCCAUAUUUGGUGCUGUGUUGUUGCUAGCAAGGUGUAAAUAAAUAAUCGCAGAGCACCGCCCAUGGAAGUGAUAAAGACCAGGAGCGAUAAGGUGGUGUUCAGGAGCAGAGAAAGUUUUUUACGCAACACGUUACAAGUUGUCUUGGACGUUUCGCCUCUUUAUUAGCACAUCAAGCGUGCGUUCACAAACUAUCAGCAAUCUCAAACACACUCGCACAGAUACACACACUGUGCCAUUAUGUACAGCUCAGCAGUGCCAAGCUGUCAUGUCACUAGGGGAAGCUUCAGGCCUCUGGCUUAUGGAGUGUUUCCCAACUGCUUUGCUCUGCUUUCAGCCCACUUCUGAGUCUGACUCAUCACACACACAACGUUGGUGAUAUACACUAUUUACACAUUAGUAUGCCAGACUGUAGGGCCGCACUAACGCUUCAUGCACGUGGCAAAUGCUUUAACCUGCAGCUCUCUUCGCUGAAUGUUGUAAACAUUAGUCUGUGUUUUUGCUUAAUUUCCAUAAAAGAGCAAAUCAGUUGUUUGGAGCCACCCAUUGUACUUGUGUGACAUCUUUUUAAGAUGAAGCACACGCUUUGUUUCUCUGUUGUAGUGACCCAGUCAUGACCAGGAGGCAUGUGUGGAAUUCUUAGUAAAUACAGUCCCCUCCGAAACUAUUGGGACGGCAAGGCCUGUUCAUUUGAUGUUGCUGUAGACUGAAGAUAUUUGGGUUUGAGAUCAAAAGAUGGAUAUGAGAAGAGAGUUUAGAAUUUCAGCAUUUAUUUCCUGGUAUUUAUAUGUAGAUGUGUUCAACGAUAUAGAACAUAGCUCAUUUUGUAUCAGAGACGCAAUUUUUAGGUGAGCAAAUAUAUUGGAACAUGUGACUGACAGGUGUUUCUUGUUAGCCAGGUGUGUCCUGUUAGAUUGAUUUGUUUAAACGGUAAAUAGCUCUGAAAAUUUACUCUUGGAUUUAGCCUUCAGUUUCACCUGUGAGGACCGCAUUUGUUGUUAAAAAAGGAUAAGCCGACAUGACGAUCAGAGAGCUGUCUAUGGGAGAAAUGCAAGCCAUUUUGGAGCUAAGCAAAGAUGGAAAAUGUCUUUGGUGUGUAACACAAACAAAAAAUGAAUGGGCCUUUCCAUUCCAAUAGUUUCGGAGGGACUGUAUAUCCCUGUGUUUGAAAUGAUUCCCCUAAAGAGUGCUGUUUUUAUGAUGUCAGGUCAAAAAAUUUUGUUAGCUCCGAGUUGCUCAUUUAAUGUUUUGCUGUUGCUGUUUCCAGUAUAGCAGAACCCAUGGAAGUUCUGUUUAAGGUCGAUGUCAAGUGUCUCUGUGGUGUCAUUUUAGCCAUACUGAGUGUUUUCUCCGGAAUUUAACAUCGCAGCUAAGGAAAAUGUUGAUAUUAUUCAGACAGGGUUUUGUUUCUACCAUCAUUGUGCUGUUAAGUUGUCCGUAUCAAUGACUUAACUGCUAAAUCACAGACUUGCUAGCUAGCAAAAUGAGUCAUUAGCUAGCUUAGGCCCUGGGUUCACAUUUCUCAGUUGCCUAGCAACAGUCUUUAACCACUUGACCAGUAAGUAAGCUCAAAUUCCAUUAAGCACUAAGUGUUAAGUAUUUUUAUUUGUGAGGCAUUUCUGCCAUUUUUUUUAUUUUUUGUUGUAAGUCCUCAGUUUCGGGUUAAUGGACCAAGCGAAUGGUGACUGUCUGUGGUUUAUAACACAACACAGUUGAGUUUAAUGCCUACUCAGUUACGCUCCUUUUGGUCUCCCCACACGGCAAUAAAUUUUAUUUUACUGCUCCUAAACUUACUUAUACAAUGCAUUGCUUGCUUUAUUUAUUUAUUUAUUUGAUAUUUGUAGAUUUUCUGCUCUCUUGGUCCAUUUCUUUCCAUGUUCAUGGCAUUUGGAUUGCUUAAGUUGGUGCUUGGGCUCUGGUGCUGUAACAUGAACUUAGAUGCCCAGUCAUAAGACCAAACCUGAUCUCUCCCUUCAUCCCCCUUGUGUGGAAUCUCCGCGUGUUCAUUCCAGUGCGCCCCCCCCACCCCUUCGUUCCCUUCCUUCCUCUGUUGGUUUACUCCUCAACAACUGUAUAUUGUUGAUAAACUUGUAAACUUGGCUGUUGUAACACAACUUGUCUUUACAUUUAAAAAAAAAAAAAAAAAACACUUGAAAUAUGUAGUGACAUGCUUAGCUUCCAUUCACAUUACCAAGUGACGGGAUUAUUCAUUUCCUGUGAUAGAGCUGUUGUUCCAGCAGCACGGCGACAGGAUGCAUUUGAAUUUAGAUGCAAACUAGUCUCAUAAGUCAGAUCCGAAGCCUUCUCUAGAGAGUUUUGUCAUGAAACAUGUACGUUCAAAGAAAGAGACCAUUUGACUGACACUGAAAACAACCACGUUUUCCCCCAGAGCCUCGUCAGUAAACACGGACGAAUAUCUUGUUCCCUCACCACUAACUAGAGCGAUUUUCACAAUUAAUUUGGUUAAUUAGAUUUAAUGGGUUUUUUUGUUGUUGUUUUUUUAAAAGUGAAAUGUAACUUAAUUUACAAAACAUUCUCUAUAUGAUUGCCAUUUCUUUGUAAACACGCUUGGAGUCAUCUCUCCCAACUCUGGCUCACAGUUUGGCAGCAGUGUCAUGUUUUGUGAUGUGAUUGCCACGUUUCCUGUUAAAGUCCAUCGCAGCGACAGUGUGGGAAACUAGAUGCCCCUAUUUUCGUAUUUGGUUAGCGACGAGCUAGGCUGCUAACUCCGAUGAGUAGUGUAUGUUUUCUUUAUCGAACAGCAAACUGUAUAAUCAGUGUUUUACAACCCCAAUUCUGAAAAAGUUUUCCAGUAUAGAAAAUGCUAAUAAAAACAACGAGGAGUGAUUUGUAAAUGCACUUUGACUUGUAUUUAAACAAAAAACAUAAAGACAAGGUAUUUGAGGUUUUACCUAAUCAACUGCAUAGUUUUUUGAUGCAUGCAGCACGUUCCAAAAAAGUUGGGACAGGGGCAAUUGAGGACUAAUGGCGAUGUGACAAGUUGAAAUAAGAAGGUGAUGUGAAACAGGUGAGGCAAUCGUCUAAUCAUAGUAUAUAAGGAUAGACUUUCAAGAGCAAGGAUGGGUCGAGGCUCGCCAAUCUGCCAACAGAUGUGUCAGCGAAUCAUCCAACACUUUGAGAACAACUUUCCCCAAAGACAAGUCGGUAGGAUUUUGGGCAUUUCACCUUCUAGAGUGCACAAUAUAAUUAAAAGAUUAGAGGAAUCCGGUCAAAUCCCGGUGCGUAAAGGGCAAGGCUGAAAACCACUUCUGAAUGCGCGUGAUCUCCGAUUCCUCAGACGUCACCGUCUUAAAAACCGUCAUGAGUCUGUAAUGGAGAUCCUGACGUGGGCUCGGGAAUACUUUAGUAAAGCUUUCAGUCAACACCAUUCGCAGAUGCAUCCACAGAUGCGAGUUAAGGCUUUACUAUGCAAAGCAGAAGCCAUACAUCAACGCUGUCCUGAAGCACCGCCGACUUCUCUGGGCUCGGUCUCAUCUGAGAUGGACAGUAGCACAGUGGAAUCGUGUUUAGUGGUCUGACGAGUCGACAUUUCAAAUAGUUUUUGGGCAAAACAGGCGUCGUGUUCUCCGGGCCAAAGAGGAAAAGGACCGUCCAAGUUGUUAUCAGCAUCAGGUCCAAAAGCCAGCGUCUCUCAUGGUACGGGGGUGUGUCAGUGCCCAUGGCAUGGGUAACUUGCACAUCUGUGAGGGCAUCAUUAAUGCAGAAAGAUAUGUACACAUUUUGGAGCAACAUAUGCUGCCAUCCAGAGCAGGACAACGCCAAACUACAUUCUGCCCACAUUACAAGCGCAUGGUUGCGUAAGCAGAGAGUGCGGGUGCAAGCAUGGCCUUCCUGCAGUCCUGACCUGUCUCCGAGUGAGAAUGUGUGGUGCAUUAUCAAGUGCAAAAUAAGGCAACGAAGACCUGUACAGUUGCACAGAAAUGCAUAAUGGAUGAAUGGGGGAAAAUUCCGCUUGCUAAACUUAACCAACAGCUGUCUUCAGCCUCCAAACGCUUAAUAAGUGUUAUUAAAAGAAAAGGUGAUGUUACACAGUGGUAAACAGUCAGCUGUCCCAACUUUUUUUGAAGUGUUUUGAGAUGAGUGUAUAUUUUCAAAAAUAAAUUAAUUUCACAAAACAUCAAAUAAUGUGUUUUCAAUAUAGUACAGGGUGAAUUGAAUUUUCAAAUGACUGUUUUUGUUUUGCAUUUUCCAUACUGUCCCAGCUUUUUCGGAAUUGGGGUUGCAGAUUUAACAAAAGGAUAUUACUGUAUGUUGAUUAAUCAAAAGCUAAUACUUGGAUAUACAGUAGGGGUGCAAGUUUCAUGACGAUGCAAUCUAAUAUCGCUGCGAUCUAAUAUCGCUGCUGAUGGCUGGAGAGUCGGAGGCUGAGACGGGAUGCAGACCGACGUUCAAAUGAUAAGCGCACACGUUCCUCAGAAUAGUCCUGUUGCACAGGAUGUCCGAUGUCCCCCAAACUCAACUCGAGUUCCCAUCAACAUUUUUUAACAAAAAUUAAAUGCUGAUAUGUAAUAUAUAAUAUAACGUGUUUGUGUGUGUAUAAAACAGGUACGGUAGGCAGUAUACAGUUUGCUUCCUAGCAGUUCUUAUCGGAAAUGUUUAAAAGAUGGACAAGCGUCAGGAGUAACGCUCGCUACCCAUCGAGACAUGAACCUGGAGCGAAAUAAGCGACUUGUCACUUGCGAGCAUGAGUACUGAGUAAACUGGACAAUUCAGUCGUGUGUGAGAGAAGUUUCUGUGUGAAUCUGCUCAACAUGUGAUUGGGUUAAAAGUAGCUCCUCUGCUUCUCCAGACUUGAGCGACUGUGGGGCUUCUCCGGUCGUCAUGACUACGCCGGCCGGUUGCCUCUUUGUUCUGUGGAGUGGCCAGACUGGAACUUGUUUUUCAUCUCAUUGUGGAUGCAGCUUUAUACCUCGUUUGUUAUAAGCCGCCCUCGUCCUGGAUUGGGCCUGUAUUAAUGAUUUCAUACGUAUUAUGAAAGCACUGCUCUGUAAUUCUCUCACCCAGAAUAGCCAGGCUAUUCUCGGUACACUUCAUCUACUACGUUUUGAUAUAAUUGUAUGACACAACAGUGAUCUUUUCCCCCUGUAACUCUGAACAGCCCUUAAUAUUGAUGAACUCUGAUCAUUUUAACAUUGGACUUUACAAAAGUUUAGUGACCACUACUCCAUGUUGUUUUUAGUUCUUUCAUUUGGAAAAUGCGGAAAUGCAUAAAAUGACGAGGUUAAAUUGGCUUUUAUCAUGAAGGCUGUAGCUGCUAAACGUUUAUUUGCAUAUGCCAGAAUAUCACUGUAGUUUUUCUGUAAAUAAAUGAUUCAGUAAUGGGAUCAAAUAAAUAUAACAUACAGGUUGGUAGGAAGGGAAACCUGCUAGAAACGUGUCUCUUGUUGAUUCAUAGACUGUUCAGAAGAGUUUUAUGACCGAGCAGACAUGUCAAUAUUUUAUUACAGGCAUCACCCUGAAAAAUGAAGAAUGCCCAAACAGACUAUGCGAAGACAUCGUAAUGAAGUAACAGUCGAACUGAGAAAGAACAAGAGAGAUGAGCACCUACUGAAGAAACGCAACGUUCCACAGGACGAAAGUCUCGAGGACUCCGAUGUAGACGCCGAUUUCAAAGGGCAAAAUGUAACACUAGACGCCAUCUUACAGAAUGCCACCAGUGACAACGCAGUAGUACAGCUCAGUGCUGUACAAGCAGCCAGAAAACUACUCUCCAGUGACAGAAACCCUCCCAUCGAUGACUUGAUAAAAUCUGGGAUCCUACCCAUCCUCGUCAAAUGCCUGGAGAGGGACGACAAUCCCUCGUUGCAGUUUGAGGCUGCCUGGGCUUUGACUAACAUCGCGUCGGGGACCUCGGCACAGACGCAGGCUGUGGUCAAAUCCAAUGCUGUUCCCUUGUUUUUGAGACUGCUCCAUUCCCCUCAUCAGAAUGUGUGUGAGCAGGCCGUGUGGGCGCUGGGCAACAUCAUUGGUGAUGGGCCACAGUGUCGAGACUAUGUCAUUUCACUGGGCGUGGUCAAACCUCUCUUGUCGUUCAUCAAUCCCUCUAUCCCCAUCACUUUCUUGAGGAACGUCACUUGGGUCAUCGUCAACCUGUGCCGAAACAAAGACCCGCCCCCACCCAUGGAAACAGUACAGGAGAUCCUUCCUGCCCUAUGUGUACUCAUAUACCACACAGACAUCAAUAUUCUUGUAGAUACAGUGUGGGCUUUAUCGUACCUAACAGACGGAGGGAAUGAACAGAUACAAAUGGUCAUAGACUCAGGUGUCGUCCCCUUCCUUGUCCCCCUGCUCAGCCACCAAGAGGUCAAAGUUCAGACAGCAGCACUGAGGGCAGUGGGUAACAUUGUGACAGGGACGGACGAGCAGACUCAGGUGGUGCUCAACUGUGACGUUCUCUCCCACUUCCCCAAUCUGCUCACACACCCCAAAGAGAAAAUCAACAAGGAGGCCGUGUGGUUCCUGUCCAACAUCACUGCAGGGAACCAGCAGCAGGUGCAGGCUGUGAUAGAUGCAGGGCUCAUCCCCAUGAUCAUACACCAGCUGGCCAAGGGUGAUUUUGGCACGCAGAAAGAGGCUGCAUGGGCCAUCAGCAACUUAACAAUAAGUGGAAGGAAAGAUCAGGUGGAGUACUUGGUGCAGCAAAAUGUGAUCCCACCUUUCUGUAAUUUGCUCUCGGUGAAGGACUCGCAGGUGGUACAGGUGGUCCUAGACGGCCUGAAGAACAUCCUGAUCAUGGCCGGCGAGGAGGCUAGCACCAUUGCUGAGAUCAUUGAGGAGUGUGGAGGAUUGGAAAAGAUCGAAAACCUGCAACAGCAUGAAAACGAGGACAUCUACAAACUAGCGUUUGAAAUCAUCGAUCAGUACUUUUCAGGGGAUGACAUCGAUGAGGAUCCAAGUCUGAUCCCUGAAGCCACACAAGGAGGCACGUUCAACUUCGACCCGGCAUCCAACCUCCAAACCAAGGAGUUUAAGUUCUAACAGAGCCAAGUUAGAACUUGAAUCGGGCGGGAUCUCCUGCUGCUGUCCUUCCCCGCCACCCCUGACCACGAUCCAACCAUCACCUAUCAACCUGCAACUCACUAACCUGUCAAAACCAAUCAAGAUGCAUAAAAACUACAGGUGUAACUUGCACUGAAGGAUACGAAUAUCUCUCUCGAGCGUCACCCGAAGUCGGAGCGAAUUCUACACAUUUCAUAAUAAGAUGGAGGAGACAACCUCUAUAGUCAUACUGCAAUUGCCAAAAGAAAAAAAAAAGAAAAGAAAUUUCUGCUGUUUUGCUCACUCGCACAAACACACAGACUUGAGUCAUAUAUGUGCAUCAACAUUUCUAGAAAUUUCUAACGUUCUUCUACCAGCCAUCAUAUCAUAUAUAUAACCUAUUUGGAAGAUGGGAGAGGGGAAAAAGACGAACCAGGGUUUUUUUUUUUUUGUUUUUUUUUUGGUUAUUUUUUUUUUAUUAUUAUUAUUUCUCUCCUUCCAGCAAAUUUCUCACCAGGACGUCACAGCCAAAUGUCGAUGCUGAUUCUCGAGCGCUAUGACAGACACCCUACGUUAAGACAUCCAGCCUCUGCUCUGCUAAACCAUGUGGAACAUGCUUCCCCUGCUCUGAGGUGUCUAUGGACUAGACCGUGGAGCAGUUCAUCAUCUUUUUUUUUUUCCUCCUUCUUCUUUUUAAACUGUGUGCAAAUAGCAUGUAUGCUAGAACUGAUUCUUCUUUUUUUGUUUUUAUGAAGUCAUCAUGGAACUGUGACGUGUAUAUGGAAAGUGGGAAAAUAACACAAUCACACGAAACAACAAAUGUACAUAUUCUAGAUUAACCCACUUAAACAUCAACACCACAAGUAUGGGGGGUUUUUGGCUUUUUUUUUUUUCUUUUUUAAAUCAUGGCAUAGUAACCAUUGCCAUUUGAGAAGAGGAACAGGUGAAGUCAUCAUUAAACAUAGCAAGACAUAAAUUCAACAAGACAUUUUGAGGGAAGCCACUUGUCCCCAUUCAAAGUGGUUGUGGACUUUCUGGAUUGUUCAGUAUCAUGCACUUGAUGAUUUGGGAAUAAUUCUUCGUUUUCAUUUUACACUUUCAUAACCAUGGAAGUUUGUACAAGGACAAACGCCAAAAAAGGUUGUCAUGUCCAUGUGCAAUUUAAUCAUUUCUCCCUUCCACUACACAUGGAGAGAAUAUAUUUUCUCUCUUGUUUGAAAUCUAAAACAAAAAAAGUAGGCUUAAAUCAUCAGCAGAGACGAACUUUGCAGAAGUGAUUGAACUGUGAUUUUUUUUUUGUUUUGUUUUCUGUGGUGGAGCUUCCACAUUUGCAGCUUUGAUUCAGUCUUAUAUGCACACUUGUCGUCCCUAUAUGAUUAUUAUUAUUAUUAUUAAUUUUGGCUAAAGGUUCUUGGAAAGCGACAUUCGCUUUAUGUAUACACAAGCAAUGGAAAAUGGAGCGCCAUGGCAGUGCUGUUUCUGUUAGAUUUAUUUGCUACAAAACGUAACUGUACAAACUAAAAAAAAAAAUUAAAAAAAGUAUCUUGUGUAAAGUAUAAAUCGAAAAAGCUGCCACACAUUUGACGGGACACUUGAGAACAAUAACAUUGUGUUACUGAUUCACAGUUAAUUGGGGAUUUUUUUUUGUCUUUUUGUUUUAAAAUUCACGUUCUUUGUGAGGGCAAAUAAUUGUUGGAAUGGGCUUUUUAACUGUCGAGAAUGGACAGGACUGUUUUUUGUUUGUUUGUUUUUGGUCCCUUGGCAUUUAAUUGUAAAGGGAUGUAUGGAAAAACAAACAUUUACAUUUGGACUAAUGUAGUUGUGGUUUGGCUGCAGACUACUGACGAAGAGGAUUUGAGGACAAAUGGCAGCCCUGGUGUGUUUGUUUUUUUUGUUUGUUUUUUUGUUUCUGGAAUUAUCCAUUUAUUAUUGAUGAACAAAGGCCUGCAUAGGUGUGAAAUUCAUGAACUUAUGUAGACACUUAUUUAAAAAGAAAAACAACAACAAAAAAACGAGCCACUUUAAAGAAUUAAAAAUUUUUUGUCUUGUAUCACAAACGGAUACAAGCUUAUUGCUAGUUGCAAGAUUUUUACUUGCUGAAGAAAAGACGGAAGAAAAAAAACUGCGGCAGAUCGCAUUUUGGCCUCCGAUUGUUUGUAUCUUUUUAUAAAUUUUAGCAUUGAAACACUCUUUAAGGUGGCUCAUCUGUAUUUUUUUCAACUCCUGUGCAUAUUAAAGGUGAACGAGUUGAAAUUCA